GUCUUUUUACAGACUUUUUUAAGUCAGUAUUCCACGUGCUCCUGGGGGUCUCUCUCUCUCUCUCUCUCUAGUGCAUGAUUAUUGAUAUAUUAUUUUCUCCCAGUCAAUUACACCUCCUGACCAUCUCUGCUUACCCUUUUCUCUGUUUUGUUUGCUUCCACCCCCCAUCUCUCCAUCCAGCACAGAAGACCAGAAAAACAAAAACAGUACCCCUACCCAUUGUGUAGAAAGAUCAAACCUACCUCCCCAUAACGAAAAGAUUUGAUCUUGGCAAACAGAUUUUGAAAGAUAUGAAUGCUGUAGCUGAUCAAGAUCAAGACAUGGGAGAUGGAAUGCAGUGCAGUGACCAUCCGUACAGAAGCAACCCAGGUGGGAUCUGCGCUUUCUGCCUCCAGGAGAAGCUCGGCAAGCUUGUUUCUUCCGCCUCCCUUCUCCCCAUCCACGCUUCUGCAACCUCUUCUUCUUCCUCCCCUCCUUUUAGAUCUGACAUCAUCAAUGCCGCCAAUGGAGCUGCUGCUGGUCCGUCCACCCUCUCCGUCCACCCAACUUCUUCGUCAUCGGCAAAACCCAGAAGCAUUAGUAGUAAUUCCCGCCACGACGAUGAGUUUUACAACACGAGGAGGGCCAGGAUUUCUUUUCUUUUGGCUAAGAAAAAGAAGAAAGUGAGUAAUGGUGCUGCUACUACUGGUAACGGUGGUGCUACUGUUGCAUCUUCCGAUCGGGAAGCUGUUAACAUGGUGUUUAACCGAAGCAAGUCUACCACCACCCCGCGGCGGGGCCACCAUUUCCUGGAUGGUUCAGAGGAUUUUAGUCCAAGGAAGAGAGGCGGGUUCUGGUCGUUUCUGUAUCACUCAUCCACCAAGAAGUCGUCGCACGCUCUGAACAAGAAGGCAAUGGAGAAGUCCAGCUUCAGAGACAACUCCAACUCCAAGAUCUCUUCCUCCUCUUCCUUCACGUCGGUGCAAAAGGACUCCAAAUGCUUGGGUUCUUCUUCUCUGAGGAAUAAAAGCGAACACCUGGCGGUCGACGCGGACGACGACAGCAACAGCAGCCAAGCCACCGCCGCCUCCGCCUCUUCCUUCGAGCGGAAGGUCUCGAGAUCCAGAUCCGUCGGCUGCGGAAGCCGAAGCUUCUCCGGCGACUUCUUCGAGCGGAUCUCAACUGGGUUCGGCGACUGCACUCUCAGAAGAGUCGAGUCGCAGAGAGAAGGAAAGCCCAAAGCCGUGCACCGCGGCGGCGAACACAACCACCACAACAACCACUGCAUGAAAGAGCGAGUAAAAUGCGGCGGGAUUUUCAGUGGGUUCAUGAUGACGUCGUCGUCUUCGUCGUCCUCGUCGUCGUCUUACUGGGUUUCGUCCUCCACCGAAGGGCCGCUCGUCCACGUCCGAAGCCGGAGCUGGGGGUGGGCGUUUGCGAGUCCGAUGAGAGCAUUCAGCAAACCUUCUUCGAAAGAUGGGAAGAGGGAGAUAAUUAGACAAGCUUCAGAUAAGAACACAGCUCCAAGCUUGAAUGCGAUUCCUUCCUUGCUAUCAGUCAGAAGUUGAUUAUCAUCAUCAACAUAAUACACAUCAAACUCUGUUAAUUAAUUACAUAAUUUACUACUUAUUUAUUAUUAAUUACUCUAUUAGCAGCUCCCUGUGUUUAUUUUGGCUUAAUUUGUUGGCUGGUUGGUUGAUUGCCAUUCCAUUAGUAAUGCAACACAUUGUCUUGAUCUUA